GGCAAAUUUAAAAUAAUGUAAAAAAAAUAUAUCACUGACAAAUAAUGACAACAAGCUGUCUCGGUUAUCUCAUAAACAUUUUAUUUUCAUUCAGCUCCAAAUAAUUGUCCAGUUUGAGGAAAAAUGGAGAAUGGUCUUGGAAGUGACGAUGAACUGAAUGUGCUCUUUGAACGUGUUUCCAUCAAACUAGGUUGGCAGUCUAAUCAUGAUGCAAAUCUUGACGAGGUGUUCGAACAGCUUUCUCAAAGCACCAAGAAAAAGAAGAGUAAACGGAACAGAGCAUCGGUUAAGAAAAAGAAGAGCCAAACCACCUCAAAAAAGAAAACUCAAGAUAUUCCACAUAAACAUAGCAAUCAAUCUUGCCCGUCUCCUAUCGCAAGUGGUCAGGAUGACCAAAGCCAAAGUACUUCACCAACUAAAGCUGACCAUGAAAUCUCUAGAAACCUUCAGUUGGAGUUCCAGGCAGAAAGUUUUAGCACAAGCAACAGUGGGGUCACCUCAUUAUAUAAGGAUGAGAAUGACAAACCCAGUGAGAUCUUGGGAGAUAUAACCGAUUCUGUGUCUUCGAAAAGCACCAAAGAUUCUCCAUCUAGUUCUCCACCUGGUAUUCAUGAUUGCAAGACUCGGCUCAAAUUGGAGGGGUGUUCUUUACAUAGUGACCUAGAUUCUGCAGAUGAGCCAUUGAGUGGACCAGAAAGGGGUCAUAAACAUUCAAGUGAUAGCUGGGAAUGUGCAAAUAAGGAGGAUGUACAAAGGCUGGAUGAAUCUCAAUCCUCAACGGAGAGGGCAACGAGGAGAGGUGAAGGUGCAGUAUCUCGAGGAAGGAAGCUUCGUGCAAGCACAGAGGAAGGUAUCAAAACUUUUGCAGGGUCGAAGGAUGAGGCUGAAGAUGAUGCGUCAGAGGUUCCAACCAAAGACUUCACAGAGUCGCCCCAACCUAUGAGGUGGCUCAUGUCUCCUCCCAUGAGACAUGAAUCAAAGCUGUCUCCUUUGCACUCAGACAGCCAAGAUGAUGAUUCCAUUGGCGAUUCCAAUGGAAACGCUGAAGAUAUCGGGGAUAUUUUUGGUGAAAACAUCCCUAGUUUGACUGAAAGACUGACACAAAAUCACAGAGAAAACAAACGGAACAAAGAAUCAUUCCAGAAGAACAGGAGGAGAAGUUGUGCUAAUCCAAGAUCUGCUCCUGUUGUACUGGACAAUGAUUGGAUCGAUGAUGAUGAUGAUGAUAAAGAAGAUGAGGGAAAACUUGGAGAGGAUAACGGUGAUGAUGACAUCCUAGAUGGGGAGACAAGGUUGGAUGUUGGAGAUGAUGGAGCAGACGGAAGUGGGGCUAGUAGCAGAGAAGAGGAAAAGGAAGAUUUACACCAGGAUCCAUUGCCACAGAAGAGUGAUGGACAGGCACUCAACACCAAUGCAGAAUCUUUUAAAAAAGCAAGGAGCAGACAUAAAGACUCGUCAAGCAGCGAUGAUGACUUCGAAUCAUUCCUGAAAGCUGUCAAGACCCCACAACGUCCAAAGCAACAAUCAAACUCAGACGAGGCUGUCUUUGUGGUCGAUGAUGAUGACUUUAUCGAUGACACUCCCCUGGAGAGCAAGAGUGAUGACGAUGAUGAUGAUGAAAUCUUUUAUCACAAAAUCAACAAUCUUGAUAAUCCUCUUACUAGUGAGAACAAAGUAGCUAAAAAGCGACCAACUGUUGGCAGUCGUUCUGGUAGCAUACUUAGUCAACUUAUUUCCUCAGACGACGAUGAUGAUGACGUCUUUGUGAUUCCAAAUCACACUCCUGUUGUUAGAAAACCAAGUUCGAAAGUCACUUCCAACACCUCAUUGAAGAAAACCCCAGCCAGGCAGCGCCGUCCCCUCCAGCCCACCACACUGCCUACAAACCAAUACCCGCACACCCCCUCUCCCAACGAGCGACCCGCCCCAGUGUCGUUCCUGGCUUCUCUGUCCACCCCGGGGAAGGGAAUGUCGACCAGGUCGAGAUAUGUGAGUGACUUCAAACGGAAUAAGGAUGAGCUCACUCAGAAACUGUUCAAGCUAUACAAUGAAAGUAUCUUUGAAAGCAAGCUACCCUCUGACUUCAGUAUCACCUGGAACAACAGAAUGAGGAAGACAGCCGGAUUCUGCUUCUACAAGAAGAGGCUUGGCGACAGGACGGCUAGGAUCGAACUGUCUGUCAAAGUCUGUGACUCAGCUGAACGUCUAAGAGAUACAUUGGUUCAUGAGCUAUGUCAUGCCGCGGCCUGGCUGAUCCAUGGAGUUAGCGAUGGUCACGGGAAGUUCUGGAAGUACUGGGCUGCCAAGGCUAACCUUGCCCAUCCCGAGAUCCCAGUCAUAAAGAGAUGUCAUACCUAUGAGAUCAACACCAAGUAUAAGUACAAAUGUGUUGAGUGUGGAAACAUCAUUGGUCGGCACUCAAAGUCAGUCGACACCAAGAGGUUCUGCUGUGCCUACUGCAACGGCCGCCUGGAACUGCAGCCCACGCUGAGAAAAGACGGCACCCCUGCCAGGGCGCGGGGACCCAACCCCUUCGCUGCGUUCGUCAAGGAGAACUACGCAUCUGUAAAGAAGACCCACGGGGCUGCAAAACACGCAGAAGUGAUGAAACUCCUCAGCCAAGAAUUCUCUACAAAAACCAAGAUCACAGAUACAUGAAAUCACUUCUUAAAGGUACUGUCACAUCGUUCCGUGCAAGCCUUGCGGGUCACUUUUUUGCGACCCGUAGGUCGCCUGCGUUGACAGUAUCUUGCAUGCAUCUCACACGCAGUUGCCCAUAGAAGCGCAAGCAAGUCUGAUUUGCACGCAGAUAAGUUUUGAACGUGCUUGAAACUUUGUUGCAGGUCAGUUGUGGGCAAUCACCCGCAAGGCUUGCAUGGAACAUUGUGACAGGGCUUUAAAAGAUUGGAAUUCUAAAGUAUCCGUCAUGUGAACUAAGAAUCCGAUUGCCAUUGAUGAUGCAUGAUUGUAAGAAGCUCAGUUCACAUGGUCAACGAAUCAGAGUUCUAUGGGAUAUUUUAUCUGUGAUCCAGUGUGUUAUCCAUUUUGAAGAUUGCUUGAAUAUGGGCACAUUCAGUUUGUUACUUCGAUUUUCAAUAGGUGAAACUAACAAAAAAUGAAAAGGAGGUACAAGUUUAAUUACAUUCUAUGCAGGGACCUCUUCCCAUAAAGAAACAAAAACAUUUUGAACCAACUUUGAACAUUACAUUAUUUAUGUGACCGCAAUAGUAUUCAUUAAUCAAUUGUGUUAAUAACAAAAAUGUUAAGUUUGAAGAUUUUUUUAAUGCAUGACCAUUUUCCUUAAAAAGAAAUUACCAACGGAUUCUUUGCAGAAAUUGGUGGUAAAUUAAAUAUUAUUUUGUUGUUUUAAUUUCAAAGAUCAAGUCCAUCGAUUUAGGGAUAGAAUGAUGUAUAUAGAGAGAAAUGAAACGUGUAUAACACUUAAAAUACCAUCAAAAUCAGUUUGAAAACAAGAAAGUUAGGAUAUUCUUAGAUUUUCCUUGCAAGCACAAAGCAGUUAUAUUUUGGCCUGUAUCCAAUUGGGGAGGCAUUGAUGUGCACAUCACAGCUUAGGCCCCCAUUCCACAGAACGGAGACCGUUGAAAGACCACUGAAAGACUUACAAUUGGUGAAGUCUUACAGCGGUCUUCAAGAUCACUGCAAUUUGUCAUCUCUGUGGAAUGGCUCAGAAAGACCCCUCAAAGAACUCUGAAAGACUGAUAGAUAUUUCUUGUCUUACUGGUCUUAGACUAGUCCUAUAGAGAUCUUUCAAAGGUCUUUCAGCGGUCUUGUUCUCUGUGGAAUGGGGGUUUAAAUGAAAAUUUGAAAAUAUAAUAAAGUUAUAACUUUACAUGUGGUUUAUUACUUCUGGGGUAUGCUUGUUUGAUUUGUCAUUAUGUAUUAAGCUCAACUUUUUUAUGAGUUUUAACUUGGCUUUAGGUUAAAAUGCAAAUAAAAAUUGUAAUUUUAAUCAAUUAUAAUCAGUGUAUUGACAAUCAAGUUUUCCUUGGUGAAUUAAACCAUGAGAGGCUGAAAAGAUAAUUAUGUUUUAACAAGAACAAAUGUCGUCUAAAAAAAGUAGAAAAUAGUUGUUUUCAAAGGAGAAUGGCGUUUCAUUCAGCCUUUUAUCGGGUGGAGAAAAAUAUAUUUCAGCCAAAUCAUUUUUUUAACUAGAAAAAUAUCUUAGAGGGGUUUCAUUGUGUAAGUACAUUGUAAUUUAUGUUUAAAAUUUCUUCGAUCAGUGUGAAUAUGUAAAUCUGUACAGUUGCUAUGCAAAUUAUGUACAUAAUUGUAUUAUGCGUAUAUUUUUCACUUUUUUAACAGAAUUCUUUUGCCUUGCAUAAAUUUCUAUUUGUAUGUGACAAUCAUGUUCUAGAACCUACCUAUAGAACUCAGGAACUUUUAUAUAUAUAUAGGAGACACUGCAUCAGCCUACCUUGCAUUAGUCAAAUAAUUGCCCAACUUGAAGCAGUAUUUCAGACCAGAAUGUGCAAAACGUGUUAUGUACAUCUUCUAAGUUGAAUUUACCUCGGCGGAACAGAUUUUUAUUGUCCUAAUAGAUUUGACCAAGGCAGAUUCAUAUGAUGGUGAUAUAUAUUUGUUUACCUAUUUCAUUCAAGAGGAUUUUAUACAAAUUGUGUCUCUCAAACUAUGUAAGAUUAUGUAGAAUUAUGUUGUGAAAUACAUUUUGUAAAUUUUUAUUAUUUUACUAUUCUUCCUAAUUUCUAUCAUGUAUAGCUAAAGAAGUAUCAUGUUUAUUUUUAUCUUUAAUUUUGUUUAAGUGUUGGGUUAUUUCUCCAACAUUCAAUCAAAAAAACAUUCCAGGCCCCGGUUUCACCAAGCUUAGUGAUAGAUUGUGGGCUAAUCUCGAUAAUUGAUUGCAUUGAUUAUUGUGUCUGACACAAAGUAACUCGUUUAACUAAAACAUGGCUCGAAAUAGGCAUUCAUAAAAACCAGAACAAAAUAUGAAUUAAUACAAGAACUGAAAUAAUGCCCCUAUAAAAUAUUAAGAUAUGGACAUCAUAUAAUAAUAUCAAGGUCUCACUAGAGUAAAGAUGCACUGAAUAAACGUCUCUUCAUAUGUUUUACCAUAUGAAAGAGAUGUUUCUACAAAAAUCCAACCAUUUUGGUUCAGUGAAGAUUCGUCUUUUAUUCACCCCCUCCCCUUUUCUUUAAAGGAAAUUCAUGGGGAUUAUGAUUCGGUCUAGCAGUUGUGUUGUGCAAUGUCUUUUUAAAAAUGUAAAUAAAGUGCCCAUCAUAUUUUAAAGUA